GGGGGGAAGUGUGCACUAUGCCUUUAACGCCUGGGUACAGUAGACAUGUAUAGUGUGUAGUGUAGGGAAACUCUAGGCGGGGUUAAAGUUCAGCUCAUGGAGCUGAUCAGCGUUGGCUGCAGUUUAGCAGAGUUGGAAAUGUGAAAGCAAGAAGCAGGCUCGGUUCUUCCCCCUUUCUUUUUUUUUCUUCUCUCUCUCUCUUUCUCUCUCCCUCUCUCUAUUCCUCCCCCUCCCUUUCUCUCUCUCUCUCCUUCCCUCUCUCUCUCUCUCUCUCUUUCCCCCUUUCACUCACACACCUCCAAGCCACAACCCCCCCCCCCACAGCAAUCAUGUACUCUCCUCUCUGCCUUACCCAGGAUGAAUUUCAUCCCUUCAUUGAAGCACUUCUUCCCCAUGUUCGGGCAUUUGCGUACACAUGGUUCAACUUACAAGCUCGAAAGCGAAAAUACUUUAAAAAACAUGAGAAGCGCAUGUCAAAAGAGGAAGAAAGAGCAGUGAAGGAUGAAUUGCUAAGCGAAAAACCUGAGGUUAAACAGAAAUGGGCAUCCAGACUUUUGGCAAAGCUUCGGAAAGACAUCAGGCCUGAAUAUCGGGAAGAUUUUGUUCUAACUGUGACAGGAAAAAAACCUCCUUGUUGUGUUCUUUCCAAUCCAGACCAGAAGGGCAAAAUGAGAAGAAUUGACUGUUUACGGCAAGCAGAUAAGGUCUGGAGGCUGGACCUAGUUAUGGUGAUUUUAUUUAAAGGUAUUCCGCUUGAAAGUACUGAUGGCGAACGCCUUGUAAAGUCCCCACAGUGCUCAAAUCCAGGGCUGUGUGUACAGCCCCAUCAUAUAGGGGUUUCUGUUAAGGAACUCGAUUUAUAUUUGGCAUACUUUGUGCACGCAGCAGGGGAGAAAAAUGGGACUGGCCUUCUUCAGACCAACCACACAGCUUCUCAGCUGACCACAAAAAGGAAGCUAAGCAGGCAGGAUUCAAGUCAGUCAGAAAGUCCCAGCCAGCCAAGCGAAGCUGAUAUUAAGGACCAGCCUGAAAAUGGACAUUUGGGCUUCCAAGACAGUUUUGUCACAUCAGGUGUUUUCAGUGUCACUGAGCUAGUAAGAGUCUCUCAAACACCAAUAGCUGCAGGAACAGGCCCUAAUUUCUCACUCUCAGAUUUGGAAAGUUCCUCGUAUUACAGUAUGAGCCCAGGAGCAAUGAGGAGAUCUUUACCAAGCACCUCUUCUACCAGUUCCACAAAGCGUCUCAAAUCUGUGGAGGAUGAAAUGGACAGUCCUGGUGAAGAGCCAUUCUAUACCAGCCAAGGGCGGUCUCCAGGAAGUGGGAGUCAAUCAAGUGGAUGGCAUGAAGUGGAGCCAGGAUUGCCAUCGCCAACUACAUUAAAGAAGUCAGAGAAGUCUGGUUUCAGCAGUCCCUCGCCUUCACAGACCUCCUCCCUUGGAACAGCAUUCACCCAGCAUCAUCGACCUGUCAUUACAGGACCCAGAGCAAGUCCACACGCAACACCAUCGACUCUUCAUUUUCCAACAUCACCCAUUAUUCAACAGCCUGGGCCAUACUUCUCACACCCAGCAAUUCGCUAUCAUCCUCAGGAGACUCUGAAAGAGUUUGUCCAACUUGUCUGCCCGGAUGCUGGUCAGCAGGCUGGACAGGUGGGGUUCCUAAAUCCCAAUGGUAGCAGCCAAGGCAAGGUGCACAAUCCAUUCCUUCCAACCCCAAUGUUGCCACCACCGCCUCCUCCCCCUAUGGCUAGGCCUGUGCCUCUUCCAGUGCCAGACACAAAGCCUCCCACCACGUCGACAGAAGGAGGUGCCGCCUCUCCCACAUCACCGACCUAUUCAACACCCAGCACCUCCCCUGCAAACCGAUUCGUCAGUGUUGGACCACGGGAUCCAAGCUUUGUAAAUAUCCCUCAACAGACACAGUCCUGGUACCUGGGAUAAAACUCACAGCUUCCCAUCAUCCAGCAGACAGACCACCUGACCCCCGUCCCAACUCUGUAACUUGGAAGCAGCCACAAAACAGUGUUGUUACUUCACGUCCGUGGAAGGGGAGCAGACAGAGAUUGACAACAAACAACUGCUCUUACUCAGAGACGGCAAACAUUAUGAUUGAGCAUCAAAGGCCGUAAUAUUGUGGGGGAGGAGGGAGUUUGAGGAUUGGGGUUUUGGUUUGGUUUGAGGUUUUUUUUAAAAAAAGAACACCUUAGUGACCGACGUAAUUUCUCAUAUGGUGCUGGAAAUGUUUGAGCUUCAUAUUUUUGAAGUGUUUCAAGUGGUAGUAUAAGAAUUAGGGACAUUGGGUAGCAGAGCGAACCUGCUAGCUACUAUCCUGACUUGCUGUUGUAACCCUUUCCAUACAGCACCUAACUGUUUUACAGUAUUUUUUACUGAUUAAUUUCCCAUAUGAGUGUGAGACUUACUGAGAGAUCUGAAGAGCUACACAUAAAUAACUUUAUAGUAGCUGAGUUCUUCAGUAUGGAGCUUACAAGACAGUCGUGGGGCAUGUUUUUUUCUGUAACAUAUCAGAUUUUUUUUUUUUAAUUUGCAAUCAGCAAUUCAAUAUAUGACAUGAAUCAUAAGAUGGUUAUUGAAAGGUUGGUUUUCCAUACAAGUGGCAAAGAAAUAUAAACCAUCAACCUACUACAGGUCAAACAAAAAAGAUAAAAAAAUUAAAUGCUGCACUUAACAUGAAACAUUUUUGACAAUUUUCAACAAUGACAUGAAAUUCAUAUGGAAAUGGGGAAGUUGGUCUGUUUUGAUAGAAACUGACAGAAAUCAAUCAAAAAAAUCGAAUUUUGAAUUGAGAAAAGUGCAAUUUCAUUCGAUAGCUAAAUAUCUUUGUAAGAUAGAGAUUGUUGAAAAUUCUAUUUUUGUUUUCCAAGUCCUUCCACCCCAGGACUCUAAAUUAUUGGGGUAAAAAAACAGCCUUGCAAGAAAAGAAAAAAACGGGGGGAGCUAUUUUUGCUUUUUAUGUUUUUUAUUGUUAAACUUGUAUCCCUUUAAAACUGAAGGAAAUUUAAAACGUUCACAUACAAAAUUUAAUGGUGCUUUUACCACAAUAUGUUAUCUUCAUUAAAUGCUAAUUAUUUUCUGUUAUCAAAGCACAUAAUUAAAAUGAAAUCAUAAUAUCUGUUCAUUAUAUAAGCUAAAAGUCAAUUAUAAUAGAGUAUGACAAUUCUGACAAAUCAUACAUGUUUCCGGCAAUAUAGGGUAUAUCACUUCUUAAAAUAUCUCGACCACAAUUUAAUGGAGAGGAAGGCAUGCUUAAAAAGUAGCUUUAAGCAUUUUUGUAGCCUGCAUUGGAUUGCGAUCAUUAAUAUAAUAAGAGAGAUAGCUGUCCAGAAAGUAAAAUGCCUCUUGUGUCCCUGAACUGGCUGGGGGUUUUUUUUUCUUUUCUUUUCUUUCUGGACUGCAAAGGUAUCAGUAGAGAAGCAAAAUGUGGAUUUAUAUUUUAUGCCAGUUCAAAGUGAGGGCACUUUGCUUAAAAAAAAAAAAGUUUGGACCCCAAAUGUCCUGUAUCUUAUGUAAAAAAAAAACGGCAAAAAAAAAAAGCAAAAAACAGCAAAAAGAAUGCAAGUGGUUUUUUUUUUUCUAUCAGACAGCGGAGCACCCCUUUGCUUUCCAUGCAACUUUAAGAAGGUUUCCUAUAUUAUACAUAUAUAUACGUUCUGGUUGGCAAAUCUAGCUAAUCAGAGAAAGUCUCUGCAUGUUCUAGUGUUAGUAACUAAUUUUUAUAUAGUUAAUGUAGGGUAAAGUAGAGUGCAUUAAGACACAAUAUUGUAAUCCCUAAUCCAGGCACUUGCCUUUAAACUAUGUUUGUUCGGCCCUUCAGAAGGGUUUCUACUACUGUCCUAUACAAUCAAGUAAACUGAAUUUCUUGGGAAGACACUUUGCUCCUCAUCUUUUCCCUAAAACUAUUUUUUGUUUUGUUUUGUUUUCUUGAUUUGCACGAAACAAAAUAAUAAUAAUAAUAAUAAUUCCAUAUCAAUGUGCCUUGCCCUGGAUAGCGAUUAUUUGUGGAAUUGUUGCACAUGUUCCUCUAUUGAAAGGAUUAUUAUUUUUUUCCCUAGUCAAGCAUUUGGAGACACUUUUUUGUAAAUGUGACUUUUAUGUCCGCCAUUGUCAGUUUCAGCAUCUUAGAAUACAGUAGAAUGUUAGUUGUUUCACAGAUAGGGGUAGUGUUUUCUUGUCCUGUACGGUCAGUGGCAGUGCUAUUCUGAUAUCUGUAGAUGCUAGAGUAUAUCAGUAUUUUUGAUGUGGCUGCAUUUUACAUUUUCUUUGGAGUCUUCCUUUUGUUCGUUUUUAUUUUUAUUAUUUUUUCCCCCAGAUAUAUGAAAAUAUGCAAUAUCUGCUUAUAUCAUGUAGAAGAAAAGCUUAGCAAUUCUUAAUUUUUCUUUUAAGUCUUUUUUUUUUUUAAUUUGACCAAAGUCGGUGCUGCACUUGAAGCAGCGUGUUUUAGGUGUUUGUCUUUGUACUUUUUUUGUGUGUGAUUUUUGAAUGCACACGCAGGAAGGGCUCUUCUUAGAGAAGCAGUCAAACUGUGAAGCACUAAGCUGGACCCUGCUUCAAGCAGUUUUCGUUUUUCAAUUCUUCCUUUCACAAGCAAGCCUUAAAAAAAAACAAAAAACACCUCCCGUUUUCUUCAAAUCCCACACCCAUUUUUAUUAGCAGAUUGCAAUCAAACCACAUUCAAUAAAAAUUAUGAAAUGCCCAUUUUUAUAUGCACGUUUUUAAACUUCCAAGUUCUGAAAAUUGUUUACUGGUUAUUCUCUAUUUAAGGAAAAAAAAUGUUUUGGAUUUUCAUAUAUGUCAAAUAAGUGGUUGAGUAGUCAUUUGCUCUGUUGUAUUGUGUGAUUGUUAGUAUUAUGGUAUCACAUCCACUAGCCAGCAUCCUUUGCCUUCCCUAUAGCACUUAGCAGGGCAUUACCUUAUUAAGACAUAUGUGCACUAAAAAUAAAAAAAUUAGCAGCUUUCAGUGCUUCACAGUGAAGGGGAAAAAAAGCCUAGACAAACAUUUUGUCAGAACCUUGCUCUAAGCCAAGGUAUUACCAGUAAAUUGGUUGUAUAUACAACAAAAUUGCACCCUUUUUUUAAAAAAAGAAACAAAGCAAACUAAGCAAUAGUUUGGGCAGUUAGUUGUUUUUAGUAAGCAUGUGAUAGUCAUGGCCAGAAAGAGAGAGAAUCAAAGCUGCCCACUCAGAAGCUAUGUAAUGUGUAUGUUGUAUAGUUUUAUUGAUUACACUGAUUUAUUCUACCCUAUUUUAUAAUGCAGGACUUUUGUAAUGUUGUUUAAAUAAGGAAAAUUUCUGUCAAAUUAGCUUAGUGAAAUUCUGAUUGUUCGUUAUAAAGGCAGCAUUCAUAGAAUUGCUUUUUUUUCCUUUGGGAACUGGAUUUAAGUUAAAAACUUUCCUGUUUCCUUUUUUGUAUGUAUUUAAAUACAGGUUUUUUUUCCUUCUCUCAAUAGUAUAGCAUAUUCCUAUGCUUGAGAAGUAUAGGCUACUGAAAAACCAUUGUAAAUGGACAUUACAGAUAUGCUGUAUUUUUGAAGGUGUUUUAUCAUAUUAAGUUUGAAGGUGGUAAAGUUAGGGAAUUCUGAUUGGAAUCACACAAAACAAAUUGUUUUUAAAAGGCUUUAAACAUUAGGUAUGUGAUCAAGGGUGUUUACCAACAGAAGCUGUAAAGUAUUAAAGACACUAAAUUAACAUUUGUUUCAUCUUAUUGUCAUGCAAUAACAGCUGUUUGAAUCUGUUCAGGUGUGGAGAACAGAGUUUUAUUCCUCAAAGCAGAGUGGAGAAUGUAGAUCUGAAGGGAGACAACUGCAUGGGGUGUGCAGUCCUUAAUAGAAAAAUAAUCCUGGAUCACAUGCUGCAGAAUCAGAUUAACAUACCCAUUGCCCAAUUCAAAACUGCUUUUUAUUCUUUGCACAAACAGCUUUUCUGCCCAAUGUCAUUCUUUCAAAAUUACCAGAUGCCCAAUACCAACCCUUUUCCCUCCUUAUCCCAAAUAGAAACAGCAGUUCUUUCCUUGAAUUGACUUGACUAACAGAAGUUUUAUUCUCUUGAUCCCUUUUCCAAAAUAGGGCUUAGCUUAUUGUCAUCCUGUACACCCCCGAGAUAUUGCAUUAUUUAUUCAUUGUGUUUUAUUUUUAUUUUUUAAAAAACCCAUUGCAAUCUUUGCCAACCUGAUGUUCUCCAAGGGUGUAGGACUAUGGUUCCUGUUAUCCCAGGAUAACAUAGUCAGUGACCAUGUUUGCUCAUGAAGAUAAGAUGUAGAGACAAAUGUGGUUGGAAAAUCUUGAUUUGAGAAGGGCACCAGCCUUGGAUGUACCUUUUCUGUAAGAGGGUUUCCAGCCUUCUCUUUCAGGUUGACAAGUAAAGGAAUAGAACUGUUUUUUCAUCUUCACAGAAUUCAGUCAUCCCAGAGGAAUAUGCAAAAAUCCCUCUACCUACUUUUCUUUCAAUGUCUUCUCUUUGUUCCAUAUAGUUUUCAGUUUUGUAGUAACAGUAUUAAAUUUACUGUGCGCGCACACACACACACCCCACCCCCACCCCCACACACAUGAGAAAAAAGGCGGGGGUGGGGAACACCAUCCACACACAUGGCAUAAAACUGAUCUUUUUUUCCCCUUGUGAUUUAAAAAAACAAAUGUCAAUAUUAUUCUUUGCAUUGUGUCUCUGGAAAUAUCUUUUUAUGGUUUUACUCUGGUAGAAGGCCUCCAUAGAACAAACAUUGCAAACCACAAUGGGGAUGAAAAUGUAAGGAGAGCUUCAAUGGCACCUAAAAGAAACUCAUCUUUCAUACAAUCUAUUGGGGGAGAAUCUCAUGAAAUAAACUCUGCCUACCAGGCAAGGUUUCCAUUAAAUUCAAGCUUUCAAAGCCAAUUUUGUCUUGAAGUCAAUGCAUGUAUUACUGUUGGACAGUAAAACCCGGCUAUGCCAUCAUCAAGUCCAAGGCUGUGCAAUAGUCUAAUUAGUAUUGAGUACCAUUUCCCUUUUAUUUUUUCCAAUAAAAAAAACAGUGGGAUGAAAAUUGCUUUGAUAUAUAGCAGGUAACAUUGAAGCUAUUCCAUAGCACUUAACUGUAGUGAAUACUGUGUCACCAAUUCUGAAAUCAAUUUAAUGUUUAAUGCAAAUCCAUUACAUGGUGCUAUUACAGGCUGGCAAAAUGAUUUACAAAAAUGUGACAACUUGGGCUCAAUUCACUCUGCUUUCCAACAAUGUAACUGCAUAGCAGUGUUUAUCUGCAUGAGAACUAUGCACUAAUAUAAAUCUGAAAAAAAAAAAAAGAAAUAUAUCAACUUUGGUAUCUACUUUCCGUUUACUUCAAUCCUUGCCUUUUUGGUCAUUAUUAUAAAUGCCAGCUUUAGGACAGAAAGAAAUAUAAGAAAACCAGCAUAAUACCUGAUAUAUUAAAAAUGUAGUGCCUGUGAAAAUCUGUAUUAUAUUGCUCUUCUGAAGUAAGAUUUUUCUACACCAGUAGCCUUCGCUGUCUGUCAGAACCUUCUGAUAUAGGUGAUGUAAAAUAACCAAACAAUAUUAAUGCAUGCUAUUCCAUAAUGCUUAGUGAGCUGUAUGAAUAUUACUCAAAGUUAUGUUAGUCUUUUUUUCCCCCCUCUGAUUUGGUUCUUGUCAGAUAGGUUUAAAGAUAUUUCACUGAGAACACAACUCUGUUUUUCCUUGAUUUUGGGUGUUUUCAGUAUUUUGGAAAUACACAUUUAACUUAAAAUUCAAUUCAGUAUUAUUUGUGGGGGGCAUUCUUCACUCUCAAGGGCAGGUACGGGGUUUGGAAUCCAUGCCUGGUGGUAUCUUUUCUUUGCUUGAGCAGCCUAAGAACUCUAAACGCUUAUCUCAGAAGAAAAAAAAUCAGACAUAAGACUUCAGUGGAAGCGACAAUACUCAAACUUGGAACUGACAUUGAAAAUGUUUUCCUAAUGGACAGUGUUUAAACCAGGUACCCAUACUUGACCCUGUUUCACAGCAGACCUCCUCGUUUAACAGAAAUAUGUAAGAACUGUAAAACCAAACUUCAUAUGGCUAUUUAGUUUCCGUGCACUGCUGUUGUUGUUUUUUUCCUUCUUUUUUCCCUUUUUCUUUUUGUCAAAAUUCUGUAUAAACUUUGGGCCCGAUUCAUGAGUGGUCACCAGGAAUUAACAUAGGAUUUUGGUAUUCAGGUUGGGGUUUUUUUUUCCUCCCGGUCCAAAUGGUAUAGCUUUCUUUUUCUUUCCAAGAUGUUCAUUCAGCAUACUACUUUUAUUUCAAGGCUGUCAGAGCAUUGCAGAAAGGCAGAGCAAAUCUUGGUCCCAUUUGAAAAUAUUAAAGGUGUAGGCAAGGGAAAAUGUGAGAUUAUAAGGAUUUAAGGAGAGCAUUUUUAUGCACUCUAGACUGGAUUGGAGAACUGUUCCACAGAGCGAAGUAACAUUCCAUUGGCUACAGAAAAAUAGGCGAAAUUUUGCAGUUUGUUCUUUUUUCCAUAACGUUGCCUAAUGCAAUGUCAGAGGUGUUUCAUUUGAUCUAUGCUAGGCAACAUCCCUCUUUGCACCCAUCCUAAAUUUCCUGAUUUUACUUAUUUAAAAAAAUAAUAAUCCUAAAGGGUGGGAAAGAAUCAACAUUAAUGGGCAGCAGGCAUGCUGCAAAGCCAAGCCCUUUGCCCCUGGCAUGACAUUAAUUGACAAGAAAGCCUCUUUGGCCCAGACAGAACCCAUAACAUGUUGAGGAAACAAGGAUCAGAUCUACCCAGUUUUUCUAGGAUUCAACAGUGUAGCUUUAAAAAGGAUGAUAGGUCCAAUCUCAGUUGUUUGCCUUUUGUUGGUUCAUGAGAGUUGCAUAUCUGGCUUUGCUAGUGUUGCAGCUCUUUUGUGAAUGCACAAGACCAUUUCAUGGGGCAUCCUGCCAGAGUGUUCAGGGUAUAUUUUCAAGACAUCAGAAGUAUCCUCUGACACCCACCCACACCCAAAGUUAGCUACCCCUGAACUAAAUUGCUGGUGUCCUCAAUCCUGAUUCACUCAUGUUUUGAAUCAAUCCUUUUUUUUUUUCUUUUCCAAAAGAAAGAAACCAGGAAGAGUCCAAAUCUAAGGAAUGGUAGUAGCAUAGAUAGGAGAGCUGGCAAUAGGGUGGGAAUGGCCAUUCAAGUUGAGGAGAGAUUCUAUGUUCAUGUGAUCUUGGAGAGAACAAAUAUAGAAUAAACUAAUGAAUCUAAGAAGGUAAUCCUUCACAUUCUGUUGGAAAAAGGCAGCCAAAAGGUUUAUCAGGGUUUCCACACACACCCAGGCUUGCAAAAUAUGGUAGUGGGAAUAUUCUGCAAAUAAGAAUAUCUAUGAUAUAAUACCUGCCCUUGGCUUCUUUGUACAGUUAGCCAUUCACCAGUCCACUUACUCAGGUCUAACAAUCAAACAUUUGAUUUUUCUGUUUUACGUAACAAUGCAUUCUCAUGUGAAAAUUUGCUGCAAAUUCACUUAAUCCUUGUUUUAAUAUCCCUGUGUUUCCACUGUUUAUGAAUCGGGUCCCUUGUGCCUCUAGUAUCCUUGUAUUGAUCCUCAUAGUUACCAUUUUAGGUUUACUGUGUUCUGUGAAAAUUUGAAAUUGGUUGAGAAUCACUGUGGGCAUCCAUUCUUUUCAACUAAAUCUGCAGAAUUUUUUUGAGCUGGUGUGGAUUAGUUUAACUCUUGUAUUCAACCAUUAGUGCUACCACCCUCUCACAUUACAAUACAAUUACUGGAAGCAAGUACUGCAUUUCCUAUGCAACAAAAAGGAAAAUAAAAAAUUGCUAAUGCUAA